AUGAAAACGUCUCUUCCUAGCCACAACAAAACGCGAGUUACCCACCUCACAACACAUGCAGAACUUCAGUCAUCGCAUCGUACAAGCAUAACACUCAACGGCAAACGCUUGACCUACGUUCUAUUUCGCAGAUAUUGCUCGGCCCUGGUCGUACCCACGUUGAAAACCGUUAGUUCCAGAGGUACCUUAGCACCAGCUACUUGUUCAUUGGUAUUAACUGUUAGGAAAUGGGGUCGGAGAGUGGAUGCCCCACUCUCCUUAAGAUGGAGUGAUCUUAAUGGCGACUACUAA